AUGUACUACAUCUGCUUACAUGGCCUGAGAUUCCCAGAGAAGAGGACUAUACUUCAUAUCCCAGCCAGAGAGAAGUAUGAGUGGGCCAACUCAGCCCUUAGGAAGAAGAGGAAGAAGAAAGAGGUCUAUUUUAGCUACAUGGGGAAAAUCCUAAAGCAAAUUCACCCAGACUUCAGUGGAUGCUCCUGGAUCUUGGAUGCACUGGGCUCCCUGGAGGAUUGGCUGCUGGAACAGGUUAGCCUGGAGGCGGUUCGACUAUCCUUCUACAACCACAGAAGAGCUGUUACCAGCAGAGAGAUCCUUGGAGCAGUUAAGCAGAGAUCCUUUCUGAAGAGCUUUUGUGUAAACGAAGUGUUCUGAAUGGUGGUGCUGUUGAAAGGAUUGCACUUGUCAAAAAUAAUCAGAUAGGUCAGAGGACUGAGUUGGAAGACAAGGUAUCUGAUAAAUACCUGUUGCAACAGGAGUCUUGGUACUACAUACCUGGUCUCUGGGCCCUGUGUUUUUGGCCUCUGACCUAAUUUGUGUGUGUGUGGGGGGGGAAUAUAAAGGCAUUUUCUCUUAUGUCAUGUUAUGCUUGUUUAUGGCUUUAAAAUUUUUCUGCGGCAUGCUUCUCCCAUUUGAACUUACCUAUUUCUUUUUGGAGGACACAGUUCAACCCAUUACACUGUGUACUCCCCAUCUUUUCCAUCUUCAGCCCCAGGGUGGAGAAUGCUGCACUGGAAUGAACUGAUGAUUUUUUUUUUUUUAAAGCACCUCUACUUAAAUUUGAAAGAAUAAAAAAGGGGAUCCCUGGGUGGCGCAGCGGUUUGGCGCCUGCCUUUGGCCCAGGGCGCGAUCCUGGAGACCCGGGAUUGAAUCCCACAUCAGGCUCCCGGUGCAUGGAGCCUGCUUCUCCCUCUGCCUGUGUCUCUGCCUCUCUCUCU